GAACGCUCUGCUGGAGUGGGGAUGUCUGACAGUCUGCCUCUACCCUCCUACAAAGGCUACCCAGCAGACCGACCCUCCAUCAACACCACUCGACCCUCUUACACACACCUCGCAAAACACACACACAUACGCUGCCAGACGCUGCCCAGCAAGUCAUUCUCAGAAAGUAGCAGUGCAGGUAACCAGGCACUACCUGCACUGCUGUUGGAACUACAUUGUGUGUGUGCGAGAGAGAGACAGACAGUUUCCAUUGUCUUUGUGUGGGUGAGGCUGGUCGCCAUGGCUACAGCAGGUGACACAAGACCCCACUCUGCCGGUGCGUGACACAGCCUAUUAAGAGGCUAAACGCUAUCUCUCGAUCCCCGCUGUGAUAUUACCGCCUCUAACACUGAUAUUAUCAUCUCUCUCUACCUUCGCCCAUCCUUCCGUCCCUGUCUACUCAUCACUUAUACUCCUCUGAGUGGCUGAGUGAAGUUCUUGCUGAUAAGUUUUUACUCAUGAAUGACUGGUGGAGAAUAACAACUUUAAAGCAGCAAUAUGUAACUUUUUUUGAAAUGUGAGUUAUAGAUUCUCAUUGAAAGCCAGUCUAAGAAGCGGUAGAUCUGUUCUACGUGCUCUGUUUCUAUGCUUCCCGUGCUUAAGUUUAGUUUAUGAGUCUUUUACUUUCGGUUUUGAACACCAGCUUCAAACAGCUGAAAAUACAAUAUUUUUGGUUUUUCAAAAUAUAUUUCACAGCGGUUUAGAUGGUACAAUGAUUCCCUACUCUAAUUAUUGCUUGUUUUGUCACAUAAACUGAAAUUAGGUGAACUAUUUAGAAUUUUAGCAAUCAUGAAAUGGCAGAGAGAUUUCUGCAUGUUGCAGGUUUAACUCAGUGUGUGUGAUAACUGAUAAGACAAGAUAUGAUGGUACAAUAUUUAUCCUCAAAGGGGAUUAUAGUGUGUGUGUGUGUGUGUGUGUGUGUGUAGCGAUCCUGUCUGCUCUGAUGAACCUACAGGAUAAGAUCAGGAAGCUGGAGUUGGAAAGAGGCAGAGUGGAGUCUACACAGCCUGGAGAAAGAGACCUCGCACACACUGAGAGACACACACACACUGACCUAAAGAGACACACACACACUGAGAGACACACACACACUGACCUAAAGAGACACACACACUAACCUAGAGACACACACACACUGACCUAAAGAGACACACACUGACCUAAAGAGACACACACUGACCUAAAGAAACACCACACUGAGAGACACAACACACACUUACCUAAAGAGACACCACUGACCUAAAGAGACACACACUGACCUAAAGAGAGACACACCACACUGAACCUAAGAGAAGAGACACACACUGACCUAAAGAGACACACAACCUGACCUAAAGAGAGAGACACACACUGACCUAAAGAGACACACACUGACCUAAAGAGAGAGACACACACUGACCUAAAGAGACACACACUGACCUAAAGAGAGAGACACACACUGACCUAAAGAGAGAGACACACACUGACCUAAAGAAGACACACACUGACCUAAAGAGACACACACUGACCUAAAGAGAGAGACCACACACUGACCUAAAGAGAGAGACACACACUGACCUAAAGAGACACACACUGACCUAAAGAGAGAGACACACACUGACCUAAAGAGACACACACUGACCUAAAGAGAGAGACACACACUGACCUAAAGAGAGAGACACACACUGACCUAAAGAGAGAGACACACACUGACCUAAAGAGAGAGACACACACUGACCUAAAGAGAGAGACACACACUGACCUAAAGAGAGAGACACACACUGAGAGUCGCACACAAACACACAGACACACACACUCAGAGGGAAACAGACUAGCAACCAGUCAGAACCCAACCAAGGUGAGCGACAUGAUAAUGUUCCAAAAUAUAUAACUGUGUUAUGUUUGAGAUAAACAGGUACUCUUUCUGCCCUCUGUCUCACACGCUCUAUAUCUCUGUGUCUCUCUCUCUGUCUCACCCUCUCUCUUUCUCUCUCUCUCACUCUCUCUGUGUUUCUCUGUCUCACCCUCUCUCUCUCUGUUUCUCUCUCCCUCUCAGUCCCCUAAGUGUUGGUGACUCAGCUGGCUGCGGCAGAGUCUCGCUAUAAGCUGUUGGACAGACACCCGGAGUACAUGAGGAAGAUAGUCCACGACGCAGAGGCUGACAGAACCACCCUGCUCAAACGCCAGGUUAGCAUACGCCUCAGCUAGCCUUAUCUAGCAUUAUCUAUGCUAACCCAGAGAGACAGGCUAACGACAGGUAGUUACCGUAGGUUAGCCAAGUUAAGAUCUCUUGCUGUAUGUGUGAUACUUCCGGUAAAACACAGUUACCAUAGUGACCCUUUCAGGUUUUCCUGGAGAUGACCAGGUCAGCUGCUCCCGCCCCUGACUCCACACACCAGGCCCAGUUAGAUUAGCUGGAUUUACUGGAGCAGGAAUACCAGAGGUACACACACAUUUUCACCCCGACUAGGAUUUGGUGGGUCUGUAUGUGUGUGUGUGUGUGUGUGUGUGUGUGUGUGUGUGUGUGUGUGUGUGUGUGUGUGUGUGUGUGUGUGUGUGUGUGUGUAUGUUUCAGAGGAAGAUUCGUGAGUUGGAGCUGAAACUGCUGGAAGAAGAACACCAGAGGAAACUGGUCCAGGACCAGCCCAAUGAGGCACACACACAAACACACACACACACACACACACAGGACCAUGCCAACCAGGUACACACACACAGGACCAUGCCAACCAGGUACACACACACAGGACCAUGCCAACCAGGUACACACACACACUCUGGAGAAGUGUAUUAUAACUAUGUUGUUUCAGCAUGAAUAGCUAGCUCAGUUGUGUGUUUCAAUGAGCAGCAGGAGUUGGUGCUGCAGGCUGAGGCGUGUGUGUGUGUGUGUGUGUGUGUGAGCGGGAGAGGAGGGGGGUGGAGAGAGAACAGGAGACUCUAUUCAGGAGGAUGGAGAGAAAAGGAGAGCAGAUCAGCAAGCUGCACAGGUACACACAGGUACAAACACACACACACACACACACACACACACACACACACACACAGUUUGAUGACUAAGCACUGUUUAACUGCGGUUUUGCCUCCAACACAUAUACAAACACAAAUAUAUUUAUAUAUAUAUAUAUAUAUAUAUAUAUAUAUAUAUAUAUAUAUACAAAACCAUACAUAUGUGACUAACGAAGUUUCUUCAUCCUCUCUAUCUCUCUCUCUCUCUCCCUUGUCCUCUCUCUCCCUCUUUCUCGGCGUCGCACGCCUUCAUCUCUCGCCCUCUCUCUCGCUCUCUCUGCGGCUCUCUCUAGCUAUCUCUCUAUCGCACUCACCUCUGUCCGCCUCCCUUAUCUCUCUGUCGUGACCAACCACAGUGAACCACUCCACAGUUCACUCUGGGCUCGCCUGAGGCCGGUCCGAGGGUCGACCGGGCGACCGCAGCAAGAAAAGUCUAACUGCUCAGGGACACGAGGUCACUGUGGUUGGUCACUGCAGGACCAACCACAAUGGAGCUACUGACCACAACACAACAGGACCAACCACAAUGGAGCUACUGACCACAACACAACAGGACCAACCCUCACUAACGUGACUGAGACACUAUUACUCACCAGACCACAACAGCAACUGGGCCAUGAUGCUGGAGAUCAGACUUGAUCAACCUGAACUUCUCUAAUGGCCUUCCCAUGGGUGUCGUUGUGUGGGGAAGAGGAAUGAUGCCAGGCCUAUCCAAAUACAUUUUAGAAGAGGAUGCUGAUGAAUGACUUACACGAACAUUGUGGUGUAGAGAGGCGGGGUAAUGAUGUAUUUCUGAUGUCUUUGGGGGAGCAGUAUAUCAGUGACAUACUACAGACUCUCUGCAGAGAGAGAACACUCCUGAUGUGUGUACAGAAUGCACUGUCCAGCACACAUCUGCUUCCUCUAUCGAUUGGCUAACAGGGGUUUAACAGGGUGUGUGUUAUUGUAUAAAUCUGUUCACUGUGUUCCACUGCAAACCUCAGCUCACAGAAAUAGAAUUGUGUGUGUAGUUACAGUGAGGAAAAAAAGUAUUUGAUCCCCUGCUGAUUUUGUACGUUUGCCCACUGACAAAGACAUGAUCAGUCUAUAAUUUUAAUGGUAGGUUUAUUUGAACAGUGAGAGACAGAAUAACAACAACAAAAUCCAGAAAAACGUAUGUAAAAUUUUUUAUUAAUUGAUUUGCAUUUUAAUGAGGGAAAUAAGUAUUUGACCCCCUCUCAAUCAGAAAGAUUUCUGGCUCCCAGGUGUCUUUUGUACAGGUAAUGAGCUGAGAUUAGGAGCACACUCUUAAAGGGAGUGCCCCUAAUCUCAGUUUGUUACCUGUAUAAAAGACACCUGUCCACAGAAGCAAUCAAUCAAUCAGAUUCCAAACUCUCCACCAUGGCCAAGACCAAAGAGCUCUCCAAGGAUGUGAGGGACAAGAUUGUAGACCUACACAAGGCUGGAAUGGGCUACAAGACCAUCGGGACAACUUCACCGCAUCAAAGGGACAAUGGACGGGGCCAUGUACCGUCAAAUCUUGGGUGAGAACCUCCUUCCCUCAACCAGGGCAUUGAAAAUGGGUCAUGGAUGGGUAUUCCAGCAUGACAAUGACCCAAAACACAUGGCCAAGGCAACAAAGAAGUGGCUCAAGAAGAAGCACAUUAAGGUCCUGGAGUGGCCUAGCCAGUCUCCAGACCUUAAUCCCAUAGAAAAUCUGUGGAGGGAGCUGAAGGUUUGAGUUGCCAAACGUCAGCUUCGAAACCUUAAUGACUUGGAGAAGAUCUGCAAAGAGGAGUGGGACAAAAUCCCUCCUGAGAUGUGUGCAAACCUGGUGGCCAACUACAAGAAACGUCUGACCUCUGUGAUUGCCAACAAGGGUUUUGCCACCAAGUACUAAGUCAUGUUUUGCAGAGGGGUCAAAUACUUAUUUCCCUCAUUAAAAUGCAAAUCAAUUUAUAACUUUUUUGACAUGCGUUGUUCUGGAUUUUUUUGUUGUUAUUCUGUCUCUCACUGUUCAAAUAAAAAUAAAAAAAUAAAAAAAUAGACUGAUCAUGUCUUUGUCAGUGGGCAAACGUACAAAAUCAGCAGGGGAUCAAAUACUUUUUUCCCUCACUGUAUGUGUGUUAAAUGAUGUAAAACCUCUGCUCUGCAAUGACUCCCUGAGAUUAAGACACAUUGUAGGGAACUAACGGGGAGUGUGUUGCUGUGGGUUGGGAAGCCUUAGGACUUCCCUAAAGGUGCGGUCUCGCUCUCUCUCUGUGUGUGUGUAUGUGCUUUGAGGCUUAGGGUUGUUUCCUUGGACCAACAAUUAAAAAAUAUAUAUUUCUACAAUUACGGCUUGUGUAACUUGUAUAUCAAAUAUUCUGAAAUAAACUAUUUAUUUUCAGGUGUUGACACUUUCCUUGACAUGAAUAAUGACCCUUUCCCUGCGGUAUUUUGUUUUUCAGCCUUCUGGAACUCAGUUUUUCACAAUUCCUGACAUUUAAUCCUAGUAUAAAUUCCCUGUUUUAGGUCAGUUAGGAUCACCACUUUAUUUUAAGAAUGUGAAAUAUCAGAAUAACAGUAGAGAGAAUGAUUUAUUUCAGCUUUAUUUCUUUCAUCACAUUCCCAGUGGGUCAGAAGUUUACAUACACUCAAUUAGUAUUUGGUAGCAUUGCCUUUAAAUUGUUUAACUUGGGUCAAAUGUUUCGGGUAGCCUUCCACAAGCUUCCCACAAUAAGUUGGGUGAAUUUUGGCCCAUUCCUCCUGACAGAGCUGGUGUAACUGAGUCAGGUUUGUAGGCCUCCUUGCUCGCACAAGCUUUUUCAGUUCUGCCCACACACAUUUUUUACAGGAUUGAGGUCAGGGCUUUGUGAUGGCCACUCCAAUACCUUGACUUUGUUGUCCUUAAGCCAUUUUGCCACAACUUUGGAAGUAUGCUUGGGGUCAUUGUCCAUUUGGAAGACCCAUUUGCGACCAAGCUUUAACUUCCUGACUGAUGUCUUGAGAUGUUGCUUCAAUAUAUCCACAUCAUUUUCCUUCCUCAUGAUGCCAUCUAUUUUGUGAAGUGCACCAGUCCCUCCUGCAGCAAAGCACCCCCACAGCAUGAUGCUGCCACCCCCGUGCUUCACGGUUGGGAUGGUGUUCUUCGGCUUGCAAGCGACACCCUUUUUCCACCAAACAUAGCUUUGGUCAUUAUGGCCAAACAGUUCUAUUUUUGUUUCAUCAGACCAGAGGACAUUUCUCCAAAAAGUACGAUCUUUGUCCCCAUGUGCAGUUGCAAACCGUAGUCUGGCUUUUUUAUGGCGGUUUUGGAGCAGUGGCUUCUUCCUUGCUGAGCGGCCUUUCAGGUUAUGUUGAUAUAGAACUAGUUUUACUGUGGAUAUAGAUACUUCUGUACCUGUUUCCUCCAGCAUCUUCACAAGGUCCUUUGCUGUUGUUCUGGGAUUGAUUUGCACUUUUCGCACCAAAGUAUGUUCAUCUCUAGGAGACAGAACGCGUCUCCUUCCUGAGCGGUAUGACGGCUGCGUGGUCCCAUGGUGUUUAUAUUUGCGUACUAUUGUUUGUACAGAUGAACGCGGUACCUUCAGGCGUUUGGAAAUUGCUCCCAAGGAUGAACCAGACUUGUGGAGGUCUACCAUUUUUUUCUGAGGUCUUGGCUGAUUUCUUUUGAUUUUCCCAUGUUGUAAAGCAAAGAGGCACUGAGUUUGAAGGUAGGCCUUGAAAUAUAUCCACAGGUACACCUCCAAUUGACUCAAAUUAUGUCAAUUAGUCUAUCAGAAGCUUCUAAAGCCAUGACAUCAUUUUCUGGAAUUUUCCAAGCUGUUUAAAGGCACAGUCACUUUCGUGUAUGUAAACUUCUGACCCACUGGAAUUGUGAUACAAUGAAUUAUAAGUGAAAUAAUCUGUCUGUAAACAAUUGUUGGAAAAAUUACUUGUCAUGCACAAAGUAGAUGUCCUAACCGACUUGCCAAAACUAUAGUUUCUUAACAAGAAAUUUGUGGAGUGGUUGAAAAAUGAGUUUUAAUGACUCCAACCUAAGUGUAUGUAAACUUCCGACAUCAAUUGUAUAUUUGAAAAAAGAUAUCUCCUGCCACCUGUUAACAUUUAAAAAAAUGUAUUUCUCAUAAUGUGGGGUCACAUCAGCACCCGACAGAAUGGCUUGACUCGACCAUCUUGCAUCUACACCCCUGAGAUUGUAGUGUGGUAAAUGGAAUACUGCAUGUAUAUCCUCUCCUGCUAUGGUCUAUUUAUUACAGCUUCACCCUCUCCCGAAACGCCAGGACGUGGGAUGUGCUUUCAACCAUGGAGCUUUUCCAUCUUCUUGAUGUAGGACGUUUUCCUCUGGUUCAACUCCUUCCGGUGAAGAAGAGUAAUUUGGUCCUCAUCGAUUUGGGAUUGCAUCAGGCCCAUACAGUGGUUCAGGUCACGCAUCUUCACCUUAACCUCAUCUUUCUUGUGCUUAUGGACGGACAGAUCACGGUUCAGAAUUUCUAUCUUAUCCCCGAAGGCAUCAUUCUGCUGUUCCAGCUGCUUGACUAGCCUGCGGUUUUGCUGGUGCGCUCAUCCAGGGCUUUAUGCAGCUCCUCAAGCCUGUCAUUCAGGGUUUCCAUGUCUUCUAUGGCGUUCCUCAGGCCUUUCACCAGGUUCUUCAGCUCAAUGUUUACUUUAUGAAGAACCUUGUUCGCCUUGGCUAUCUCGUGGGCUUUCAGAAGCUCUGCGUUUUCCAUAACAUACAGGUCCUUGGUGUGUGUAAACUGUUCUAUCAGGUCCACAACCGGCUCAGGCGACUGGUGCAUCUCUGCCCCAUCCAUAGCGUCUCCCUGCGGGUGCCAAGAAUCCUUGCUAUCCUCGUGUCCAUUGGUCAACAGCAGCACCUUGUCUUUGAAUCAUCCGGGGCGCAACCGUUCCGGCAGGCCUUUGAUUUCAUCUAUCUGCCAGGAGGUCGCUGGCGGCGGACAAGUGUAGUAAUGAGUUGCCCAUCCUCGUCUUCUAACACAUUGCCGCAGGUCUCGCGGAUCUUGUCCACCAGGACGGAGGAGAGUCUUGACCAGUUAAGCGAGUGCUCAGACACCGUGGGCCGCAGGUCAUGACCCGAGGUCCGUCACUGGUCACAUGGGCGAGAUUAGUUUUUGAGCUGCAUCCUGGUCAAUAUUCAGCUUUGUCAGUAAGUAUCAGCAUCCCAGUGUUUGAUAUCUGUAGUUGCAUCAAUAUGCCACUAAAUGCUCUGGUCCCUGAUUUUAUAGCCAGGUUCAUUACGACGCUGUAAAGGCGGCCCUAAUACCUCAUAAUGAAGCCUAGGUCUAACAUUUACAGACAUGUCAAGAGGACUUCCAUCAAGCUGACUACUUCACCAAACAAUAACAAAUAAAAACAAUGCCUAAAUAUGUUGAGAUUGUAUUUGUUUGUGUAUGUAUGUAUGCUGGUGUGUUAUUGUGUGUGUGUGUUGGUGUGUUAGUGUGUGUGGUUGUGUAGCCAAUACUGUAUGAUGGUAUGGAACAUGAAAUUGAGCAGACACCAGCUCUCCUUUAACCAAAUUUAUUCCAAGAAAAAGUCAUAUUUUUUGUUCUCUUUCCAGAAGGUCCUACCUGCACUCUCUAGUAGCCUAUCUAUAUAUCAUUUAGAGAACACACACACAGACCACCACUGGUCUACACCUUCUACAACAAAAACAAAAGAUUUCCUCAACUUCAGUCUUGUUUCAGUUGUCAGAAUUAGUAUCACUUUUAUGUUGAAGUAGCAUUUUGGUUUUAUCCCUCUCUGUUUGCGCUGUAGCCCUACGGAUUUUGGGCCCUUCAAUAACACAAUGAAAAUGAGAGAACGAGAUGAUUAAACUACAACCACAGCAAAUAACAUGAAAUAAUUAAAAUAGUCCUCAUUGUAAUAAUAAUUACAUAGAAUCAAGUAACACUUCAUAAACUGUUAUUUACAGCAUUUAUAUAUAUAUCCUAUGCCAUUACAUCACAGGUAAGAAUCCUGUGUUUCCAUGGAGACUGGGAUUGGCACAUGAUGGAGCCCUGACUCGCUGACAUGAACACGCUAACGAAAACAGAGUUAUGAGAGAAAACUGUCCAAAGUAAUAAUUUUAAGAUCAGACUGUAUUUACAUCAGAGUUUCUGCAUCAUCAUCAACAUCAUCAUCAUCAACACACAUAUUGCACAUGAAGAAGGCAGAUCUCGAAUGGUAGGGAGGAAAACAACAACAACAGGGGAAAAGAGGAAGUUAAUCUGUGUUCAUCAGGGGUCGGAGGUCACAGACAUACAGCACUAGAGAGAGGCUUCAGAUCGCCAGCCUACCUGAAUGUCAUUAGAAUAGUUAAAAUCUGUACAACAACAUGAAGUCACACACACAGACAUCCUGAGGGCGAAUCAUCUACCAAAUAUAUUAACUUACAGCAUAUGCAGUCCAUUCAUAAAUUCACCUAUACCCCACUCACCUAACAAAUAUAUUCACCUGUACGCCCCAGUCGCCAAACCAAUACCACCAGUUCAUUCAUCUAACAAAUAUAUUCAUUUAUAUGCCCUUCUUAAGAAAUAUAUUGACAUGUAUGGCCUUAAUUCUUCUACAUAUACAGUACGUAAGCCCUGACAAACACAAAUGACGUGCUGAAGGUGAGUUGUUGCUCCGGCUUCACUGAGCAGUAGUUUCACACAUUAGUUUAACAUUUAGGUGACUGAUUGAUUGGAGUUGAAUCGUAGUGUGUGUUAAACUCCUGAGACAGUGAACUCUCUCUCUCUCUCUAACAAACACUGAUAACCACUGUCCAGCUCUUCAUCAACACACUGGAGAAACUGUAUGGCCUGUGUCUGUGUGUAUCUAUGGUCCAAUAUUAUAAGCUCUGAGAAAGGCAGCAUAGAUGCACGGUAAGGCAGAUCCGUACAACACACACUCACAGUCCACGCACGCACACACACACACACACACACACACACACAGGUAUGAUGACACUGGAUCAUUUAAAGGGCUUCACUUGCACUCUAUUAAAUGUGUUUCAAGGGGAUUUAUAUAUAUACAGUAUAUAUAUAUAUAUAUAUAUAUAUAUAUAUAUAUAUAUAUAUAUAUAUAUAGAGAGAGAGAGAGAGAGAAAGAGAGAAAGAGAGAGAGAGAGAAACAAAAACCAAAAAAAUUGGAAUCUAGAGGCUCUUGUUAUGAAGGUUGUAAUGGUGGUUGUGGUGGUGUGUGGGUGUGUGCUAAUGAGGAUAGCACUGACCAGUGAUCAUUGACUGUCAAACGGUCCCCAUCUCCAAAAGAGUGAACUUACACUCACAUUACCUGACACGGCAGAUAGUUUUAUCCCUCAACAACCACUUGGCAUCGUGUGGCCAUGAAUGGGCUCCAUAUAUACUAACAGAUACAAUAUUUGGCAAACUAGAGACUUACAUGAUGCCUAAGAUAUUAAAAAUAAAUCCAAUAGUGGCUGAGAGAAAGGGAGAAACACACGAGAUGUAGGCUACAUACAGCAUACAUAAGCAGUUAUGUGAGUGACAUAGCAGCUGAUCAGGGUGUGUGUGGGCUGGUGGGAGGGAUUCGGAUGAUCGCAACAGCGUCAGAUUCCUUAACUGUCCUUCGUACUGCACAACUUUCUGUUAACCGAGAAAGAUAUGUGUUAUGACAUGGGUCUGGAUCUGUCAGGGGUCUGUGAGCCUGUGUCUAAAAUAGAAACUCAGAAGAAUAGGAAUGGUGACCUCGUUGUGAAAACGAUCAUUUCCAGACACUCUGCUUUCCUCACAGGAGUUCAGUCACAUUUAUCAUCUACAGGAAUCGUCUGAAUCGACUAGUCUGAAUCGACUCCUCUGAAAUUAUUCUUCUGAAUCGUCCCUCCUGCGUUCACUCCAUCUUGCUCAGCAUCCGAGAUUGACAGCUGUCGGUCAAAUGUCAAACUGUCUCAGCGUCCCGCCCUCUCCGCCUGAGGACAUAAAAAGGGAAUUGUUUCCUUAUGUUUCUAUUGGCCUAGAGAUACCACUUGCUCCACUCCCAUUGGUCGGUGUGGUCACUGGCCCCUCCCCCCAUCAUCCAGGCAACCGUUGAGGCAGUGGGUGUCAUCGCAGUGGCUGUCAUCCCCCAGUGCACCCUGGGAUUGCAGCAGCUCAUACUCUUCGUCCAGGAAGUCGAGGCUAUUGUUGCUAGGCAACCCACGGACGGUGAACUUGUGGGAGACUUUGGUCCACUGCACUCGAUUGGUCGCUACACGCUCAUACAGCUCGGUUGCCCCUGGUAACAGCUCUGACAGCAGCCUAUCAAGGGACAGGGGCGGGGGACACAACAUUAGGUGGUGCAAGUGCUGUGGGCUGUUUUGUGAUUGGGUCAGUAGUGAUAAACGCUUUGUUGUGAUUGGGUCAGUAGUGAUAAACGCUGUGUUGUGAUUGGGUCAGUAGUGAUAAACGCUGUGUUGUGAUUGGCUCUUACUUGUAGAUGGGCAUAGCGAUGUGUUCCAUGAAGCUGAUCUGUAGCUCUGGGAUGUAGGCCUUCUCUCUGUCCAUCAUCUCACUGGGACGGUUCCCCAUAGCCUUUUCCUACACACACACACACACAGAAGUUACACACGUCAGAUACACCCUCACACCCACCCCCCAACACACGCACACACACACACACACACACACACAUACACGAAUACAGUGUAGCACACAUACCAGAUCCCCCUGGGAGAAGAACUCUUUAUAGAUCAGCUCCUGAAUACACAGAGGAGAUAAAGAGGUUUAGGGUCAAAGGUCAACUAGGGUCUGGGGUUAGGGUUGAACCGGGAUGUGGACAUGAAGCUAGGGUUAGUUUUUGGGUUUGGGUUAGGGUUGUGGUUGAGGCUAGGGUUAGGGUUAGUGUUAACUUUAGGGUUGAGGGUUAGGAGUAGACGUUAGGGUUCCUCACAGCGAUCUUGCGGGUGGUCUUCCAGCCCUUGGUCUGGUCCGACAGGUCGCAUGAUGUCAUCAGCAGGCACAGCAGCAGAGAACGGUGGGUCUGAUUCUUGGGGUUGUAGCCAGCUAGCGCGCACGCACACACACACACACACACACACACACACACACACACACACACACACACACACACACACACACACACACACACACACACACACACACACACACACACACACACACACACACACACACACACACACACACACACACACACACAUACACGCACACACAGACAGACACACAGACAUACACACACACACAGACAUACACACACACACACACACAUACAAACAGAAAGGGAGCGAGAAUGGAAGACUAUUAUACUCACAAAUACGCACACAUACACACACACACACACACAUACACACACACACACACACACACACACUGCCUUACCAUCAGCCAUCCUUUGCAGGUCGGGGAAGAUGCGGAGAUGGUGAGCCAGGUCAGUGGCCAGGAUGAUAUCUCUCAUCAGGUCCAACAUCCUCUGGUAGUCCUGACAACCACACACACACGAGUUAACACAACACACGCACACACACACACACACAACCUAUAACAAUCCUGGGUGUCCUGUUAACACACAACACACAACCGAUAACAGUCCUGGGUGUCCUGUUAACAUACAACACACAACCGAUAACAGUCCUGGGUGUCCGUGAAUUUGACAGUAUCUCACAGGCAGCUUAGUGGCAGGUAAAAUUCUGUAUUUCAUAUUACAGUAUACAUACUGUAAUCUAAAUACGGUAUCAAAGCAAGUACUGUGAAAUGAAGUAAAUGCUGCCGCAAUCAGAAUGAAUAAAUGAAUGGAUUAAAUUAAUUGUAUUUCACAGUAUUUUACUGUAAUUACAAGGGAAUGGUGCAAGCAGGUUGGCUGCUAGGUAAAAUGUUUACACAUUACAGUGUAUUAAUGAAUAUUUGGUGUUUUAUAUCACUUACACUUUUAGAGGCUUAAACAAAAGCUUCCAAACUGGCAGCGACUACAGUGGAAAACAGACCAAAAGGACAUUGCAAAAUGUUCACCCAUUUCAGGUAUAAGACUUGCUGCCACUCCAAUCUGUCCCCUAUACAGUUUAAAUUGAUGGGGCACUAUAAACACUAUAAACAGAUAGGAGUUCUCACUCAGGGGUGCAACAAAUAUAGCCUUUUACAAGGCACGCCUCCAAAUAUGUUAAUGAGCCAGCAACAACAAUACCAUGCACCCAAAGGUCAAAGGUUUUUGGCGCUCCAAAGAUACGGUACGGUACUGUAUUCUGUGGGAUGGAAUGACAGUACCAAUCGAAAUACAGCAAUUAUUUCCCCACCCUCAACAUUUUCCCACAAUGCAGCAUAAUUUACAGUAUGCUGCAGUAAAAUGUUUCAGAGUAUUUUACUGUUGAUAAUACCCAAAAUUACCGUAUAAAUUAAUUUUCCGUUACAGUGCUGUUAACACAACACACACACAACCCAUAACAGUCCUGGGUGUCCUGUUAAUACUACACACACACACACACACACACACACACACACACACACACACACACCCUAUAAAAGUCCUGGGUGUCCUGGGUCAGGAGACAGUCAGUGUGGGAUCCCAGACUGGAGAGAAACUGACCUUUCUGGAGAACUUGUCGAAGAUGUUGCAGCCGUGGGUGUUCAGAAUGGCUAUGGCUUGGGCAAAGUGGUGUCGCUGUGGAAACACACACAGGUUAUUAUGGGAUAGGAGGUUGAAGGAUGGCCACUUGCACGUGUGUGCACGUGUGUGUGUGCGUGUGUGCGCACAAAUGUUUGUGUUCACCUCCAUCACAGAGCCCUCUGAGCUGUAGAGGGCAGCCAGGACAGAUUGCUGUAGAGGAAGAAGACAGAACACGUUAUUACAUAGAUAUACCACCUCUCAGUCUGCGCUCUAUGUACACUGAAGUGAAGUGUACUACUCUUGUCUAACCACAGUCAGUCUUUCCCUGAAUUUUCCUACUGUGUGUUCGACAAGUGUUACCGGUGCUAUACCUGUGUGUGUGUGUUUGGAGGGGUCUUAUCAAGGCUGUGCCUACAUAUAUGUGUGCAUUUGAGAGUGUGUGUGUGUGUGUGUGUGUGCGUGUGUUGUGUUAACAGGAUACCCAAGACUGUUAUAGGUUGUGUGUGUGUGUGUGUGUGUGUUUGAGCAGUCUUACCGAGGCCACUUGAAAGGAGUUGUUAGUCCCACGGUGAUCCAGGUCAUGACACAUACAGGAGACAAAGAGAGCAAAGAUCUCUAUAUUCCUACAGAGAGAGCGGGCGGGGUAGGAGGUUAGUGUAUAGGGUGCAGGGUGCAGGGGUUUAAAGUAUAGUGUGUAUGGUUAUAGGUCCCGUGUAGCUCAGUUGGUAGAGCACGGCGCUUGCAACGCCAGGGUUGUGGGUUCGAUUCCCACGGGGGGGCAGUAUGAAUAUGUAUGCACUCACUAACUGUAAGUCGCUCUGGAUAAGAGCGUCUGCUAAAUAACUAAAAUGUAAAUGUGGUAUGUAGAUUAUAGGAUAAAGGGUGCCAGGGUUUCUACUAGCUCGAGGUAGUUGGCCAGGCCCAGGUUCUUUCAGAGCAGGUAGGGUGUAGUGUGUACUGUUAUGGUAUAUACUCCAGGGUUUAAGGGGUUUCUACUAACUCCUUUUUUUUCUUCAUCACUCUACACACAAUACCCCAUAAUGACAAAGCGAAAACAGGUUUUUAGACAUUUUUGCACAUUUAUUAAAAAUAAAAAACAGAAAUACCUUAUUUACGUAAGUAUUCAGACCCUUUGCUAUGAGACUCGAAAUUGAGCUCAGGUGCAUCCUGUUUCCAUUGAUCAUCCUUGAGAUUGGAGUCCAACUGUGGUAAAUUCAAUUGAUUGGACAUGAUUUGGAAAGGCACACACCUGUCUAUAUAAGGUCCCACAGUUGACAGUGCAUGUCAGAGCAAAAACCAAGCCAUGAGGUCGAAGGAAUUGUCCGUAGAGCUCCGAGACAGGAUUGUGUCGUGGCACAGAUCUGGGGAAGGGUACCAAAACAUUUCUGCAGCGUUGAAAGUCCCCAAGAACACAGUGGCCUCCAUCAUUCUUAAAUGGAAGAAGUUUGGAACCACCAAGACACUUCCUAGAGCUGGCCGCCCGGCCAAACUGAGCAAUCGGGGGAGAAGGGCCUUGGUCAGGGAGGUGACCAAGAACCCCAUGGUCACUCUGACAGAGCUCCAGAGUUCCUCUGUGGAGAUGGAAGAACCUUCCAGAAGGACAACCAUCUCUGCAGCACUCCACCAUUCUGGCCUUUAUGGUAGAGUGGCCAGACAGAAGCCACUCCUCAGUAAAAGGCACAUGACAGCCCGCUUGGAGUUUGCCAAAAGGCACCUAAAGGACUGAUGAAACCAAGAUUGAACUCUUUGGCCUGAAUGCCAAGCGUCACGUCUGGAGGAAACCUGGCACCAUCCCUACGGUGAAGCAUGGUGGUGGCAGCAUCAUGCUGUGGGGAUGUUUUUCAGCGGCAGGGACUGGGAGACUAGUCAGAAUCGAGGGAAAGAUGAACGGAGCAAAGUACCGAGAGAUCCUUGAUGAAAACCUGCUCCAGAGCACUCAGGACCUCAGACUGGGGCGAAGGUUCACCUUCCAACAGGACAACGACCCUAAGCACACAGCCAAGACAACGCAGGAGUGGCUUCCGGACAAGUCUCUGAAUGUCCUUGAGUGGCCCAGCCAGAGCCUGGAAUUGAACCCGAUCGAACAUCUCUGGCAGAGACGCUCCCCAUCCAACCUGACAGAGCUUGAGAGGAUCUGCAGAGAAGAAUGGAAGAAACUCCCCUAAUAAUGUGAAAUUUCCGUUUUUAAUUUUUUAAUGUAUUUGCAAACAUUUCUAAAAACCUGUUUUUGCUUUGUCAUUAUGGGGUAUUGUGUGUAAAUUGAUGAGGAGGAUAAAACAAUUUAAUCCAUUUUAGAAUAAGGCUGUAACGUAACAAAAUGUGGAAAAAGUCAAGGGGUCUGAAUACUUUCCGAAUGCACUGUAAUUGCGGACCCCUGGUGUAGGGUGUAGUAUGUAGGGUUAGGGUAUAUGGUAUAGUAUGUAGGGUUUAAGGGGUUUCUACUAACUCGAGGUAAUUGGCCAGGCCCAGGUUCUUGUAGAGCAGAUAACAGAAGUGAGAGACUGAGAAGGCGUGAGUCCAGUUGUGAUAGGGAGGAUCUCUGUAACCCUUCUUCACCAUCAGACAGAACCUGCAACCAUGACAACCACACAAUCAAUCACCAUAACAACCACUUCAUCACCAUAGCAACCAUAUCAUAAACAAACAGUGAUUGGACAGAGAGAAAGAGAGAGAGAGAGAGAGAGAGAGAGAGAGAGAGAGAGAGAGAGAGAGAGAGAGAGAGAGAGAGAGAGAGAGAGAGAGAGAGAGAGAGAGGGGCGGUACCUGGCCAGAGUGUGCAGGUCAAUCUUAUAGGUGUUGAUGAAGCCCAUGUCCUCAAACAUACUCAGGAUACCCUGGAGACACAGGAGAGACAGAGAUUAGACACAGUACAGCAGGAACAACAAGACUGUUUGCAGUGUGCCUGAAUAUUGUUAUUGGUUACUGCAUUGUUGGGGUUAGAGCUGCAGGAAAGGAAUUCACUAUGCUUGUGCAUGUACUUGUGCACAUAAAAACUUGAAUCUGAAAUUGAAACUAUAGAUCUCUAUGGAUACUAUACAUCUCUAUGGAAACUAUACAUCUCUAUGGAUACUAUACCUCUCUAUGGAUACUAUACCUCUCUAUGGAUACAAUACAUCUCUAUGGAUACUAUACAUCUCUAUGGAUACUAUACAUCUCUAUGGAUGUGCAUGGAAACACACCACAGGAGGUUGGUGUCAGCUUAAUUGGGGAGGACUGGCUUGUGAUAAUGGCUGGAGUGGAAUCAGGGGAAUGGUAUCAAAUACAUCAAACACAUGGUUUGAUGCCAUUCCAUUCGCUCCGUUUCAGCCAUUAUUAUGAGCCGUCCACCCCUCGGCAUUUUCCACUGAAACACACACAUACGUACAUGCACACUCUCCAUCUGUCUGCCUGUCUUACCAUGGGUGUGUUGUCGUCAGGUAGUGAGCGGGGUGUGUAUGUGAACUCAGCGAAUAAGGGAUGAAUCUCAUCCACUGGCUCCAGCCCAGUUACCAACAGCUGGGCCACUUCCUGCUCUGAUACCUACAACACACACACACACACACAGACACACACACACACCACACACACCACACACACACACACACACACACACCACACACACACACACACACACACACACACACACACCACACACACAACACACACUCACACACACACACACACACACACCACACCAAACCACCACCACACACACACACACACACCACACACACACACACACACACGCAUUACUACUGCACUGGAUGUGUGUGUGUGUGUGUUGGGGGGGUUAGUGUGUGUGCUUUACCUUCAUGUGGUACAUCAUCAUCUCAUUGGCCAGGUGGGAUCUGA